UCUUCAACAGUUAUGUAAAAUAUGUCCUCAAAUUUACAAACUCACUACAAAACUCAAUUUCAUUCCUACAUUUACCAACCUUGUUGGGACUCCCUAAAUCAAUGUUGGUUCUAAAUCCAUCUGGAAACCAUAUUCCGGCCACCGUUUUGCGUCGUCCCACCAUCCUGUUGACCACAAAUCUAUCUCCAAUGCCCCGUGCUGUCUUUAUAUCAUCGCUACAAACUUCUGGUCUUCCAUCGAUAACUUCGACCUUCCAAGACGUUAUGGAAGGUUGCUGAUGUGCUAGCUCAAUUAAAAAUAGAAAACAUGGUCACUUUUUUGUUGACGUGGACAAUUUUAAAAAUUAGCCACCAAUAAAUAGAGAACCAUACACAUUUUUUUACUUCUUAAAGUGAUUUAGCAACUUUUUAAAUCUAUAAUUUAACAUAAUAAAUUUACAUAACUAUAACUAUUAGAGAUACUCUUAUUCUUCGUGCGAACCAAACGCCCCUUAUAUAAAUAAAACAUCAUCCAGCCACCCCCUGGCCACAAGGCUCAGCCUGUCAGACACGCCUCCUAGAGUUAGACUCUUAGACCAACUCUAGCAAGACUCCGUAUCCGACUCCGCAUCCCCAUUUUGCGCGGUCUGAGGCACUGUUGCGCGCUCCAGCAGACUCCGCAUCCCUCUCCGCAAAAUGGACGCCGUGUCCCUGCGCUCCCCAUUUCCACACUUUCUCUCUCCUCUCCGCAACUCUCUGCGUGCGCGCGCGCCUGCUGGCGGGACCCAGGUGUCAUAGACUGCAUGCGGAGUGGGAUGGGGAGUGUUGCUGGAAACGGAGCCGGAUACGGAGAGGAGAGAGAAUGUGUCGGCCGCGCGUUUUAGGGAUACGGAGUCGCACACUGCUGGAGUUGGUCUUAGUCCAUAGAGACUAGAGAGAGCGUGCCUGCUGCGCCGCCGCCCUAACGCCAUCCAAGCCACACGGUAGAGACAGAGAGAGAGAGAGAGCUGCCGACCGACCUCACCGCCGCGCCGCGUGACACGAGCGGCCAAUAGAGACGGAGAUGGGCAGGGCGCUGUGCUGCGACAAGGCGACGGUGAAGAAGGGGCCGUGGGCCCCGGAGGAGGACGCCGUGCUCAAGGGCCACAUCGACGAGCACGGCGCCGGCGGCAACUGGAUACAGCUCCCCCACAAAAUCGGGUUGAACAGGUGCGGCAAGAGCUGCCGGCUGCGGUGGCUCAACUACCUCCGGCCCAACAUCAGGCACGGCGGCUUCACGGAGGAUGAGGACAGGCUGAUCUGCAGCCUCUACAUCAGCAUCGGGAGCAGGUGGGCAACGAUCGCCGCGCAGCUGCCGGGGAGGACGGACAACGACGUCAAGAACCACUGGAACACCAAGCUCAAGCGCCGCCUGCUCGGUGGUGGCGGCCGGCGGCCGAGGGCAGAGGCGCGCCUCCAGCUCCUCACCAACCCAACCUGGCAGCACAACUCCUUCGCCUCGUCGGCGCUCGAGAGGCUGCAUGUGAGCAUGCGUCUGCACCGGCGCCACCAGGCUCGCCUCGACGACAACCCGCCGCCGGCGGCCUUCACCUUGUACAACUACGACAGCCUCGCUGCGCCGCUGUGGCCGAGCCUGGCUCCCUCGUCUUCUCCUUCACCGGCGGCGAGUGAGAGCUCAGAGAUGCUGCCGCGGCAGCAGCCACCGGCAGGUGCUACUCCCACUGCUGGUUACUCCGCCGGGCUCUGGUGGACUCACAUGCCAGGCAGUUACAGUUUCGGCUACGCAGGAGGUAGAGUGCAAGAAAACGUGGACGGCACCUGCACACCGCCGCUUUCGACUAGCACCAGAGACACCAUGACGGCAGUAGGCGUCGAGAGCUCGAGCUCGACGCCAACAGCAAGCUCUGCCUCCGCGACGUUUGAGAGUAGUAUGGACGACGAGAUCGACAUGUUACUCCGGCAGAUUCAGUGCUUCGGGGAGAGCGGCCGCCACAUCGGCGACGAGGUGGCGGUAGACGGCAUAGACCACUGCUUCAGAGCAGUGGAUCGUCAUGAGACGGCGAACGGCAGCGUUGGUUCUUGGAGUGGAUUCGGUGUUCCAUGACUACGUGCAAGGGUACAACCAGUGCUAGAAGCUUUGCAGACAUGCACUGCGCUACUAGCUAGCAGCACCUGUAAGACUACAUGAGUUUGGCUAGCUAGUGACAUGCACUAAUCUCCUCCAGAAAUUCAGGAUUGGAACAUCGACUUAGGCCCUAUUUGUUUGCCUA